GGCUGGGAAGAAGCAGGCUGACAGCAGCCUCCUCCCAUCAGUGGGGCUGGAUCUAAACAAACCCAGCCUCCUACACCACUGGCCCUGGGCUGCCCCAGGCAGAGAUCAGAGGAAUUCAGAGAGAUUGUGAGUUUGUAAGCCAGGGGCUGGAGCAGAGAGAGACAGAAGAAACAAGUGAUCAAGGCAGACAGGCACUUGGAGAGUGGGGUCAAGUUUGAGCAGGACUUCCUUAGCCCUACCUGGAAAAGGUAGCUGCCUUGUGAUCGAAGAAGCAUCGGCCGGUGCCUGGAGGCCCCACCUUAGCACGCGCCUGCUGUGCCUUGAGACUUGUCUCUGGGAGUCCCUGAUAAGAGCUCACUCCCUCUUUCCUGCUAAACUCCAGUCCUGGGGUUGAAGUAGGGGCUGGAACUGACUGCACCCCACACAGUCAUGGGACCCAGGAUAGGCCCAGUGGGUAUGGAGCUCCAGAUGCCAGACAAGGACACCAAGGCCAUGAUGGGCGCAGAAGACACACCUGGAGACAAAGCCAGCCCAGACUCUCAGGACUUGCGGCCAAGUGUGUUCCACAGCAUCAAGUUCUUCGUCCUGUGCCACAGUCUGCUGCAGCUGGCACAGCUCAUGAUCUCCGGCUACCUCAAGAGCUCCAUCUCAACGGUGGAGAAACGCUUUGGCCUCUCCAGCCAGACCUCGGGGCUGCUGGCUGCCUUCAAUGAGGUGGGGAACACAACCCUGAUUGUGUUUGUGAGCUAUUUUGGCAGCAGGGUACGACCCCGGCUGAUCGGCUGUGCUAUCCUUGUGCCCUGGCGGGGCCUGCUCAUGACCCUCCCAACACUUCAUCUCGGGAGGGACGCGCCACAGGACUUCGAGGCUUCCCUGUGCCUGACCACAACCUCGGCCCCUGCCUCGACCCCCUCCAAUGGCAGUAGCUGUUCCGGCUACACGGAGGCCCAGCACCUGGCCGCGGUGGGAAUAAUGUUCAUGGCACAGACCCUGCUCGGUGUGGGCAGCGUGCCCAUCCAGCCCUUCGGCAUCUCCUAUAUCGAUGACUUUGCGCAUGGCAACAACUCUCCCCUUUACCUCGGGAUCCUGUUUGCAGUGACGAUGAUGGGCAGCAUGGCCUAUGGGCUGGGUGGCCUCAUGCUGCGCCUUUAUGUGGACAUUGACCGAAUGCCAGAAGGUGGUAUCAACUUGACUUCGAAGGACCCCCGAUGGGUGGGUGCCUGGUGGCUGGGCUUCCUCAUCUCUGCUGUCGCCGUGGCCCUGGCUGCCAUACCCUACUUCUUCUUCCCCAGGGAGAUGGCCAAGGAGAAAGAUGGGCUUCACUUCCAGCGAAGGGUCUUGGCAAUUGUCAGCAAAGGCAAAGACUCCUCUGAGCAGACCCCUGAGGAGUCCCCAAAGAAGCAGGAUGGCCUAGCCCAGAUUGCACCAGACCUGACCGUGGUCCAGUUCAUCAAAGUCUUCCCCAGGGUGCUGCUUCGAACCCUGCGACACCCCAUCUUCCUGCUGGUGGUCCUGUCCCAGGUGUGCGUGUCGUCCAUGGUGGCAGGCAUGGCCACCUUCCUGCCCAAGUUCCUGGAACGCCAGUUUUCCAUCACAGCGUCCUAUGCCAACAUGCUCAUUGGCUGUCUCUCCAUCCCCUCGGCCAUCGUGGGCAUCGUCGUGGGGGGCAUCCUGGUCAAGCGCCUCCGCCUGGGUCCCAUGCGCUGCAGUGUCCUUUGCCUGCUGGGGGCGCUGUUCUGCCUACUUUUCACCCUGCCCCUCUUCUUCAUGGGCUGCCCUACCCACCAGAUUGCAGGCAUCUUCCACCGGCCUGGGUCCCAGCCUGGACUGGAGUCCUUCCCAGGCUGCAUGGAGCCCUGCGCCUGCCCUCCGGAUGACUUCAACCCGGUCUGCGACCUCAGCACCCGUGUGGAGUACCUCACCCCCUGCCACGCGGGCUGCACAGCCCAGGUGGUCCAGGAGGCUCUGGACAAAAGCCAGGUGGGUCAGGCCUCUGGCUGCUCCCUCUACCUCUCCUGGGCUCUCUGCCCUUCCCUGUCUCUGUGUGCCUGUCACACUCCCCAGCUCGGAAUGUUCUCACUCUCUGGUGCAUCUGCUCUAAGCCUGCAGCUCUCCCAGGAAGAGGCCUUUCCGCACUGGCUGGUGCGGACGGAGCAAAGCACCUGGCUGAUUGUGCUUCAGAAGCCGGCCAGGCGGCACCUGGGCUGUCACUUGGCCCCGGAGGCUCUCCCUCCUCUUCCCCACGGUUUUCUACUCCAAUGCAGUGCGUGCGGGGGGCGGCCCUUGCCCGCGGGCUCCUGUGACUCAGCCUGCAGCCACCUGGUGCUGCCCUUCAUGCUCCUGAUCAGCCUGGGUGCAGCCAUGGCUAGUGUUACCCACACUCCCUCCUUCAUGCUCAUCCUAAGGGGAGUGAAGAAAGAAGACAAGACUCUGGCUGUGGGAAUCCAGUUCAUGCUCCUGAGAGUUUUAGCCUGGAUGCCCAGUCCUGUGAUCCACGGCAGUGCCAUCGACACCACCUGUGUGCACUGGGACUGGAGCUGUGGGCGUCGGGCCGUCUGCCGCUACUAUGACCAUGACCUGCUCCGAACUCGGUUCAUUGGCCUCCAGUUCUUCUUCAAGACGGGCUCCCUGGCCUGCUUCGCCUUGAUCAUGGCUAUCCUAAGGCAGCAGGGCAACGAGGAGGGGACCAAGGUGGUGACAUGUCCCGGCCUACAGCAGCAGCCGUUAAUGUCAGGACCAGAGAAGAAGCCUGAAGAAUCCAGAGUGUGAGCUGUCCCAGGGCCCUCCCCUGGCCAAGAGUGGCAGCCACGGCCAGGCCUCCUCCAGGCUCUUGGCCUGAGAUUGGUUGUCAGGAGCCCUGUGGCCAUCUGUGCUGUCAGGAUGGACUCAGGUCUCCUCCUCAGCCUGGGGUGGGGCCAGGAUCGCCUCUGUCAAGAAGUGUCCGUUUGGUGCCCCCUGGAGGCAGAGCCCUGAGCUCUGAGGAGAGAUCCACUGGGGCAGGAGGUGAGCAUCCAGACUGGGCAGGGCCUUUAGGAAAUCUUGGGUCAGGGCCCUAAGGGUUCUGAACUUCUUGGGGAGGCUCACUCUCUGGACUCAGGAAGUCUCAGACCUUGCCCUCAGGGAGCCGCAGUCUGGGUGAGAGGCUCCGGUGGAGAGGGAGACCUGGGCCCCUCACUUGGGUGUUUUCCAACUUCAAAGACCAAACACACCCACCACACACUCACUGGUACCCUAUGCAUUGCCAAGAUUUUACACAUUUGACCAGGGCCCCCCACCAAAGUCACUGUGGCUUUUGUAGCUAGAAUCCUAAUUUCACCAUUUCCUCCUAGGCGCUUGAAUCUGUGUCACCUGGGGCUCUGUAGAUAAUGUCCGUUUCUAUGGCACCUAAGUUUGGGGGGUAAACUGGUUCUCUGUGAUGCGGGGUUGGUAUAAGGACCUGCUCUUUGUACUGCCCAGGCCUGUAAUGCCUGGGAGCAGUAAUGUUCAGCUGUGUAAUGAGUAAUGUGAUGCUGGGAGCAGUAAUGCCCGGCUCUGUGUAUUGAGUCGGUCUGUGGAAUGCUCGGGUCUAAACAAACCGGGCCUGUGUACGUCAGGCCUUGACUGAUGCUAUGGCCAGGCCUGCUUAUCUCCCUGGGAGGAGCGUUUCCUGAUCUGCUCCCAGCCCGUUCUGUUGCCUUCCCCUAUCUGACCUGGCUGGGAUCUGCUGCUCCAGAGGCAGGAGACAGGGAGCCAUCAGCAGCAGCUUCCCACACGCUGUAUCCAGCCAUGUGGGGCGGGGGCAGGGCCGGGGAGAGCUGAAGGGACAGGAGACACCUGGCUGUGGUCCUCUGAGAAGCUCCCAGCAUCAGGCUUUGAGGCUAUCUCAUGUGAAAGAAGAGGGAAGUACAGAAGUUUCCUAUUUUAUCCUACUAUUUGUUGAUACCUUUAAAUGUUUAACAAAUAUCUGAGCCUGUGUUUAUCAGUGACAAGAAUUUCAAAGUUCCCAACAGGAAGAGACUGUUCAUGUGUUUAUAUUCCUUCUCCUUCCCCCAUUUCCCAGGUUUUGCUGGAAUUGUAGAUGCAGCUUGUUAUUAAAUUUUUUUUUUGCA